AUGAACAGCCGUGAUUCGGUGGAAUACCACCGGCGAGCAUGGGCUGCUGUGGUUUGGGCUCUUGCACCCCCUCAGCAUCGUCGUUUGGACCCCGGCUUGCAACCAGGCGUCGUGUCUGCUUGUGCUUGGAGCGUUAUCAGUCCUGCUCUGAAAGCGACGGGCUGCAUCCGCGGUGGUCUUGCUGGCGGCGUCGUUGGCCUGGGAUCUGAGGUUGUGCCAGGGAUGGCCCCUCAAUUGGGACAUCCUGACAGCCCAACCGCUGGCCAAUGCGUCUUUGCCCGUCAAGCAUCGGGAUGGAUAUCUGGAAUGGAUCCGGCUUUCUUCAUGAUGCGAACACCUUCGACGCCAUCGGUUUGGCCUGCCGCAUCGACAGCGAGAAACAAUUCCCUAAGAUAG